AUGCACCCACCAUCACCAGCUCCGUUUAGAGUCCUCGUCCAUGGCUCCGGCCCUGCAAGACUCCUUUCGCAGCAAUGCCUGAAAGGCGGCUUCAGAGCGUCCCCCAGCCUGGUCAUUGGCCUUCGAGGCAACUCGGCUUCGCUCUACUACAGUGGCAGCCAUGACUCGCCAUGUCGUGGCCAGGGAAGACACUUCUCCACCACCUCUCCAGCAAGGAUGAAGGAGUUCUUUGCUGCGCCAAAGCAGACAAAGCGCAUAGUCGAGACAGAAUCAGCGUUUGAACACCCUGUCUUCACCGAAAAGCAGAUGAAAGACAUCGUAGUCGCCCACCGCGAAACAAAAAAUUGGUCAGAUUGGGUCGCACUGGGGACAGUCCGUUUCCUUCGCUGGAGCACCGAUCUAGCCACGGGCUACAAACAUACAAAACCCGGCGAACCCGCACCCCCCAAGCACUUCCAGAUGACCGAACGAAAAUGGCUUAUCCGCUUCGUAUUCCUCGAAACCGUCGCGGGCGUCCCCGGAAUGGUCGGUGGCAUGCUCAGACAUCUCCACAGCCUGCGUAAGAUGAAGCGUGAUAACGGCUGGAUCGAAACGCUGCUUGAGGAAGCCUACAAUGAACGCAUGCAUCUACUCACCUUCCUGAAGCUCGCUGAGCCAGGCUGGUUUAUGCGUCUGAUGGUGCUAGGUGCCCAGGGCGUAUUCUUCAACGGCUUCUUCCUCUCCUACCUCAUCUCCCCGCGAACAUGUCAUCGUUUCGUCGGAUACCUAGAGGAAGAGGCAGUCAUGACUUAUACCCACGCCAUCAAGGAUUUGGAGGAUGGCAAACUACCUGCCUGGUCGGAGCUCCCAGCGCCCGAUAUUGCGAUUAAAUACUGGAACAUGCCAGAGGGACAUAGGAAGAUGCUCGACCUGCUCUACUAUGUUAGGGCUGAUGAGGCGAAACAUCGCGAGGUUAACCAUACCCUGGCCAAUUUGGAUCAGAAGAUAGAUCCUAAUCCCUACGCGGCCAAAUACGAAAAUCCAGAAAAACCACAUCCCACAAAGUCGGCUGAGGUCGUUAAGCCCACUGGCUGGGACAGAAAUGAUAUCAUCUAG